AUGAGCCGGAGCCCCCCGGCCCCCCAGCAGCCCAUCCCGGCCUCCUCCAGGCCCAGGACAUCCUUCCUCAUCCAAGACAUCCUCUGGGAUGGGGCGGAGCGCGGAGCGCGGCUGGACAGGGGCAGGAGCAGAGGGAUUUUGGGGGUAACUCUCUGGGAUUUUGGGGACGCCCCGGUGCAGAGUUACCUGGCGGGGUGUGACCCCCCCCUGCCCGCCUCCCCUCGCCCCCCCAAGCCCCCCAAGCGCUCCCGGGCCGCCUUCUCUCACAGCCAGGUCAUCGAGCUGGAGAGGAAAUUCAGCCACCAGAAAUACCUGUCGGCCCCCGAGAGAGCCCACCUGGCCCGGAACCUGCAGCUCACCGAGACGCAGGUGAAGAUCUGGUUCCAGAACCGCAGGUACAAGACCAAGAGGAAACAGGUGACGGCGGAGCUGGCGCGCUCGGACACUGCCCUGGGCGGGCACAAGGGGCACCCGGAGCUGCCGGGGGCAUCGCUGCUCGCCCUCAGGGCCACCUGGCCCUACCUGCCCUGCCUCUACUACCUGCACGGCUGGAGCCCCUCCUGGUAGCGAAACCUUUUUUUUCUUUCUUUU